AUGUCUUCAGUUCAGCAUCUGAGAGAGUUUAUCAGCGAGCGACUAACUGCUGCUGCUGAAGAAAUAUUCACAGAGUUUGAAAAAACCAUCGUCCAGUACGAAGAAGAGAUCGAUCGUCAGCGCAGACUGCUGGAUAUCACCUGGAAUCCACAAAUAAAGUUAUUAAGAACAGACGUCCCUCAGCAACAUGUCCAUAAGGAGGAGGUUCUCCAUGUUCUCGCUGACCAGCAACUCUUUAACCAGGAGAGGAACUCCAGUCUGGACCAGGAGGAGUUUCCAGGAAUGAAAGAAGAACAGGAGGAACUUUGCAGCAGAUCAGAGGCAGAGCUGUUAGUACUGAAGCAGGAGAUGGAUAACUUUAUAUCAGCUUCCACUUUUCAGGAAAAUGACUUCACUGAAGGAGAGCCAAACACUGACCAGCUUUCCUCACUCAACUUUCCCUUCCCUGGAAUCCAAGAUCAGGAAGGAAACAAGCAAACAGACUCCACAAGAGGUACGAUGAAGCCAAAACGGAGACAUCCAAGUCCUAGUGAUGAUGAGGAUGAUGCUCCAGGUUCAGAGAGUCCGUUCGAUUCUAAAACAAGUGAGAAGGUUUCAAGUCGUACUUUGCUGCCUCACACAAGAACCCAAAAAGGAGGAAAAUUUCAUCCUUGUGAAAUGUGUGGGAAAAAAUUUCCUAAGAAAUAUCUGGAAACCCACAUAAGAAAGCACACCGGUGAGAGGCCUUUUUUAUGUCCAGUGUGUGGGAAAAGUUUUAGUACCAAGAGUUAUUUGAAGGUUCACAUGAGAAUCCACACCGGUGAGAAGUUGCAUUCAUGUGAACGGUGUGGAAAAGGUUUUAUAUCUAAGAGCAAUAUGUCAACCCAUAUGAGAAUCCAUACCGGUACAAAGCCUUUUUCCUGUAAGAUAUGUGGGAAAAGGUUCACUCAAAAUGGUAGCUUGUCACUCCACAUGAGAAUCCACACCGGUGAGAAGUUGCAUUCAUGUGAACGGUGUGGAAAAGGUUUUAUAUCUAAGAGCAAUAUGUCAACCCAUAUGAGAAUCCAUACCGGUACAAAGCCUUUUUCCUGUAAGGUAUGUGGGAAAAGGUUCACUCAAAAUGGUAGCUUGUCACUCCACAUGAGAAUCCACACAGACCAGAGGCCAUGAUGGUGUGAAACAGGUGGUGAUAUGACUGCACGUAUGAAAACUCACAGAGGAGAGAGGCCUUGUUCAUGUACA